AUGGUAAGUAACAAAAUUGAUAGAGCCACGAUUAAUGAUGUGUGGACACAAUCAGGAAUUCAUAGCAUUGCCGAAUUCUUACCUUCCGGGUGUCUCUCGGAUAACUCUCCUUGUAUUGUUUCACUUUUGCAACAAGAUGAUAGCAAAGGAAAACCUUUUAGGUUUUUCAACAUGUGGACUCAUGAUAAUUUUCUCGACAUUGUUCAAGAUGGUUGGAACAAAGAGAUUGCUGAAACCGCAUCUAUAAUUUUGAAAGAAGCAAAAGUGGAAUUACAAGGUAAACCUACCAAUGUUCAUCUUCAAUGUGAGGUGGCUACAUUGAGGAAAGAUGCCAUGAAUCUUGGUGAAGCGGAGAGAAGUUUUUACUACCAAAAAGCUAUGUGUGCUUAUCUAAAAAAUAGUGAUAAGUGUACUAAGUUUUUCCAUUUGGUGGUAAAGAGAAAUAAUAAGAAGAACUACAUUGCUACUAUUUUGAAAAGGGAUGGGACUUAUACUUCUCAUAAGGAAGUGGUGGAUGAAUUUACUUACUUUUAUAGUGACUUGUUGGGGAAAAGUUGUUUUGUUCACCCUAUUGAGGUUGACAUUGUGAAGAAUGGACCCCUGCUAAUGGAAGAGCAUGCUUCAUCACUUAUUCGCGAAAUCUCAUAUAAAGAAAUAAAGGAGGCUCUAUUUAGUAUUGGUGAUGAAAAGUCGUCAAGGCCAGAUGGAUAUACAUCUUGCUUCUUUAAAAAGGCCUGGAACAUAGUUGGAUGUGAGUUUAAGAAGGCUAUCAAAGACUUUUUCAAAUCUUCCUCUCUUCUUAAACAAACUAAUCAUACAGUGAUUGCCAUGGUGCCUAAGACGAACUACUCAUUUUCCGUUGGGGGCUAUAGGCCGAUUGCAUGUUCAGAAGCGGCAUUUGUAGAGGAAAGAAGCAUGACCGAGAACAUUCAACUUGCGCAAGAGCUCUUGAGACAAUAUAAUUGGAAAAGAGUUGCCCCAAGAUACCUUAUUAAAAUUGAUUUGAGGAAAGCAUAUGAUUCGGUGAAUUAG